AAUAAUGAUCCAAAAUAAAAAACUACUCUUCUAUGACGCUUGUAAUUAUUGACUUCGAGUGUGCAUAUUAGAUAAGACGUAACAAGAAUCGCUACUUGUAAGAAAGGAUGCAUUGGAAUAACAAUAAUGAUAUGCUUCUUUCUUUUUUAGGACCUACAAAGGAUAGCGAGGAACUCAAAGAAAAAGAAAGAAAACAAAAAAUGAGGUUAUUCGAAAGGUCCGUUAAGCAGAACCCUCUACGACAAAAUGCUGUACUAGUUCUCAAAUAUUCGACGGCUAUACCGUUUAAGACCCGUUUCAAUAGAAUCCUCUGUUCUUACUGCUAUAUAGAAUUUGAGAAUAUUGAAACAUUGAGAGAUCAUAUGAAAACUAAACAUGCAAAGGUCGACCACAAUAGCGCUUUUUACAAAGUAGUGGAUGACCUGAAAAUUGAUAUAAGCAACUUCAAAUGUAACCUAUGUAUGCAAGAUGUAGACAGUGUAGAAAUAUUUAUGACUCAUUUAUUACGCGAUCACGGUAAAGCAGUGAACUUUGAAAUACCUUUUGGUGUGUUGCCUUAUCGACAGAACGAUGCCGGCGAAUGGAUGUGCUUGUAUUGCAAGAAAAAGUUUGAAGGAUUCUCAGAAAUGAAUGGACAUUUGAGAAGUCAUGCUACAAUAUUUACUUGCGAUCAGUGUAGCGCCACCUUCCUGUCUUACCACGGACUCAAACAGCAUGAGCGUGGUUUCCGGUGUGACAAAUCUGGGUAUAAACCACGAUACGGUCUAGCUUUGAGGCAAAGGCUUAACACAGAAAUCAUCUUGCAAUGUUCCACGGCCUGGCCGUUUAGGACUUGGGGCCAGAACUUUAACUGUUCUCUUUGUCGCGUCCAAGCGAAUGAUCCUGGUGGAUUACGUGCACACAUGGCAUGCCGUCACGCGAAUUUCGACAUCAAGCUUGUGUUCAGCAGAAAGCUACGUAAGGAAUACCUUAAAUUGGAUCUUACCGAUUUAAAAUGUAAACUUUGCUUCAUGGGCAUAGAAUCUCUGGACGAUCUUUUGUCCCAUUUAAAAAACGUCCAUAAACAACCGAUCGACGAUGACGUUGAGCUGUCUGGGGUUAUGCCCUUCAAACUGAAGGAUGGAUCGAGUUGGCAUUGUGCCAUAUGUAAAAGUCAGUUCUCCGAUUUCUUAUCCCUAAACAAGCAUACCGUUGAACAUUUUCAGAAGUACGUUUGCGACACUUGUGGCGAGGGUUUUAUCACUGAAGCGGCGCUAAGGGCUCACGCAAAGAUACCUCACGAUAAUAAGCACAACUGCCGUAGAUGCAAAGCGACGUUUCAGACUUUGGAGGAGAGGAAUAUACAUAUGAAAACCCAGCAUCCCAUGCCUUACUUGUGCGCGUAUUGUAAAGAGCGGCCAUUGCCAAGGUUCGCAUCUUGGGAGUUACGAAGGCGCCAUCUAAUCGAGAGCACAGAAAAUUUACAUUUAGGUGAAACGUUUAAAAUUGAAAAACGUCGGUAUCAAAGAAGCGCGAGGGCCGAAUCGAGGUUUGUUACCAAGAAAAACGCAAGCGCAUUACUGGAAUGUUGGUCUAUUUGCCCAUUUAGAUGGAAAAGGAACAGGUUCAAAUGUGCAUAUUGCGAGGAAAACUUUACUGAUUGCACAAAAUUGAGGACCCAUGUCAGGCUGUGCUCCACCCAACACAGCAUCAAAGACAUAUACAGCAAGUUUAAAGAAAUGACUCUAAUAAAUGUAGAUAUCACUGAAGCCUCGUGCAGAAUUUGUGAUUUACCAUAUGGUGAAGUGAAUGAAAUGCGUCACCACGCCGCCGAACAUGGCUAUGAGAUUGAUACUUCACAUCCGGAUGGUGUCCUGCCAUUUUAUUUGGACAAAGAGUCUUGGAGAUGCGUUAUAUGCCAUGAGAUAUUCAACAACUUCUUAAAACUCUACGAACACAUGAAUACUCACUACCAGCAUUAUAUAUGCGCGACUUGCGGCAAAGGGUACAUGACAGCGCCUCGCCUGAGGAAGCAUUCGGAAGUUCAUAUAACAGGGACCUUUCCGUGUGAUAAAUGCAAAAGAGUCUUUACAAUGAGAGCAGCAAGAGAUUACCACAAAAGUCACGCCCACGCUAAAGGACCUCGAUAUGAAUGCCCGCAAUGUAAUAUGAGAUUCGGUGGCUAUUACGAAAGAAUGAAUCAUUUAAACGAAGCACACAGAGAGAAAGAAGUUGCUUAUAAGUGUGCUCAUUGCGAGCUAUCUUUCAAAACAAGCGGAAAACGUGCCACUCACGUGAAAUCCAUACAUUUCCCCCAGCAACGUAACUUUGCUUGUCCAUUCUGCAAAUGGUUCUUCAAAACUGGCUACGAGUUGAAAAGGCACAUAGUCCGGCAUACAGGGGAGAGAAAUUUUUGUUGUACGCUUUGCGGGAAGACGUUCCCAAGGAACAGAGCGUUGAGAAAGCACUUGAAAACGCACGAGGAUCUGAAUUGUAAAUGGUGCGGUGUAAUGUUUAGCCAGAAGGCAUUGCUGGUGGAUCAUUUCCGAAUAAAUCAUCCAGACAUCAGUGAUUUCAUGCUAACUGGCUUGGAGAAAAUCUAGUGCUAGAAUGAAUACUAUAUAAUAAUGUGUUUGUAUUUUACUAUUUAAUAAAAUUAUUGAAAUUUUCCCGAAACAUUAUUUUUAUAAAACUAUCGAAAUAUGCAUGGCUUGGGGUUUUGGGUAA